AUGUCUUGGCAGGAGAACGUGUCCCUUGCUGAUAUUUUGUCGCUGCGGGAUAGCUGUCUCGCUGAGCAAGAUAUCUGGGCAGUUUGCCUGGAGUGCAGCCGCUCUCUGAAGAGCAUCGCCCAUUCCGCGAUCUUCCAGACGCUCUGCAUCACUCCUGACACGCUGGCUUUUAACACCAAUGGCAAUGUAUGCUUCAUGGAGCAGCUCAGUGAUGAUCCAGAGGGUGCCUUUGUACCACCAGAAUUCGAUAUCACUGGCAACACAUUUGAGGCACACAUCUAUUCCUUGGGUGCAACCUUGAAAGCAGCAAUUGAAUAUGUGUUAGAACCUGGGACAGAAUCAGAGUUUGGACAAGAUCUGCAUGCCCUCCUUGAACAAAUGCAAGAAGAGAAUCCUGAAGAUAGGCCAGAUAUUGAGAGCAUUUUGUCAUUAUGUGAAGAAAAAUUGAAGAUUGCUUCAUCAAGUAAUAUUUGUCGAAGUCUAUCUGCUGUUGGAAGAAGGGUUCUUUCAAUUGAAUCAUUUGGUGCUUCUCAAGAUGGCUGUGAUAACAUGUGGAAGGGAAGAGUGUAUCAAAGAAGUUUGGGAUCUAAAUUAUAUUCAGAUGAGAAAAACACCAUAGCGAGUGAUUGCUCUGCAGUAGAAGAUGUGACAACUACCUGUCACAAGGACUCUUCAGUAGUUGCUGUGGAGACUGACAGAGAAAGUGGAUUAACGGAAAUGCAGAUUGAUCUGGAUAAUGAGAAACCUCAACAUUCGCAACUUGCAACUCAAGUUAAAAAGAGCAAAGAGGAGGAUAAGCAUGCAGUAUGUAAUGACAGUUUUGCUAGUGUUGCUCUGGAUAUAAAAUCAUGUGUUACCGACAUGGAGCGAGAUGGCAUUUUUAGGAAAGGUUCUCUGAGAAAAAUUAAGACCUUUCCAAAGCUACCACUUGAAGCUUCAGAUACAAGCCCUUUUUUUCCAUCUGCAACCAACAGUGGACUGCUAGGUAGGAAAAAUCACUUGCUUGCACAAGAACUGCUACCUCUAGACAAUAACAAUGAGGUUGCCUUUUCAAAGGGAAAUCUUAAUUCAUUUGCUAUUAGUAAUCCACCAAAAGUAGAACCAAAGAAUCACCAGGUUAAUGAUCGUCAUUUAGAAGCUCCUUGUGUGUGUACACAGGUCUCUGGCAUGAACUUGGAAGAACACUUGUCACUUCUUGAAAGAAAAGCUGUAUUUUUACCGUUAUCUGAUCACAAAGAAGUCUGUUCUGAUGCUACCUCUGAAAUGCCAUAUAGGGCUGCUGUGCUAAACAGCCCUAAGCAACCCACUGCUGGAACAAACAUGUUAGACAAUUACACGGCACUGGAAGACGGCACUGAAACUUCUCAAGGGCCAAAUGAAAAUUCUUCAAGACAUUUGAACAAGGUGGAUGCAGUGUUAACAACAAAACCCCCUGGGAACAGAUAUGGAUCAAAUCUAAUUAGUUCUCCAGAAUUAAGCAACAGCGUGAUGGGCGCAAACAAUAACGAAGAUAAUCUUUGUGGAGGCAGAGGGUCAGAAAUCAAAAGUAAAGAGCAGUGGAUAUCACUAAAACUCCUUUUGUCCUGGUAUGGUAAACCUCUGAAAGACUAUGAACUGUGGGCAUUAUGUCAUGAGUGUUUACGUACUCUGCAGACUUGCAUAGAUUAUCCAGUGUUCUUAUGUUUGGACUCUGUACAGAUUGACUGCCAUGGUAGCAUCAUCUUCACUGCUCCAAAAGCUGAAGAAUCUUGCGAUGUAUUUUAUUUAGCUCCUGAAAUUGAGGAGGAGGGUAUAGUUACCGAGAAGGUCUGCAUUUAUGGUGUUGCUGCAGUUCUAUGGAUGGCAGCAAAAUACAGCUUUCCACCUCAUCACAAACUAGCAUUGCCAAGAAAGUUGAAAAGCCUUCUUCUGGAUAUGGCAAAAAGAAAUCCCGAAGAGAGACCUUCUGUAGCUGAUGCAAUUAAGGCAUGCAAUUGCUUUUUGCUUGAUCGAGGCAUAAACAGCAAAAAAAUUCUGGCCUUGUUGAGUAAAUCUGUUGUUAAGGCUUCCAAGGAAGAAGCAAUCUCUUCUCAAAAUCAUGUUGCUUUUGAACUUAAAAAUGAAAGACAUGAAAUGGGCCCUUCAGAGUCAAGUCUAGGAUUUGUGCCAACUACCAGUGAAAGCAAACUUAUAGCAGUUAGAGGACCAGUACCUUGCCAGAUUUCUUUAACCUGUGAGAAGGCUGCAUUACCUGUUGCAUUCACCUCUCCUGCAACUCACUUUAAGCCUAUUAUUCUGCAACAAAACGCAAACAUUAUAAAACAGGUUCACAAACCAACUUCUGUGCAAUGCAAGAAAGAGAUCGGAGAAGAAAAGCAUAUGGGGCACAACAAAUCAGUGUCCUGUGUAGGAGACACAAACAGUCAUGCUACUGAUGAUCCAGUUGUUGAAAGUGCACCUGAAAUACCUGAGUGUGAAUUACAAAUGCCAGGCUAUUCAGCCCAGAUGUCUUCAGAAGGAGAGAAGUCUGGAAGUGUGCUUAAUUCUACAGUUACAUUAUCAUCAAAGUCUCAUUCCUCACAUCUUUCACCAGAAGAUAAUAUUUCAUCUGCAGUUUCUUCAAGUUCCUUGUCUUUACCUGCAUCUUCUAAUGCCCUUCAUAUAAAUAACAUCAUUCUCAAACAGGACAUAGAGAAAAGAGUUUUAACAUUUGUACCUGUACAUUUAGCUGUAUCAGAGCAAAUAGCAAAUAAACCUCUUCGUUCAAGAAUUGCUUAUGACUGCUGCCAUAGUUUGCCAGUGCUACUUUCAAGUGCUAUUGCACAUUAUAAAAGGAGCACACAAACAGAAGAUGAUGCAUCAUUUUGCAAAGUGCAAAACCAUGAGAUCACUAAUACACAGGACAAGAUUGAAAAAAAUAACCAAAUUAAAAAAAACAGUUGCCAAGAUGCCGAAUGUGCUACCAGUUUAGAUGGCACAAACACUGAACAAGGACAUGCACCGUGGACCUCAGUCAAGCAAAACACUUCUCUCUUUGAUGUUGAAGCCUUGUCCCAGCGGAACGCAAGUCAUACUUUAUUACAAAAAGUGGUUCAUCUUAUACAAGAGGAAUUUGCAUUUGAUGGCUAUCUUGAGAAUGGAGUUGAAGUUAUUGAUAUGGGUAACUUUAUUUUAGCCUUAAAGGAAAUUAAGUUUGAUAUGUUCUCCAAUGCAAUUUGUGAGAAGUUUUGUGACCUUUACUGGGAUGAAAAAUUACUGGAGAAUCUCUACCAGGUUGUAAAUGGAGAAAGAGCUUCACAUUUAUGCAUAACUGAGGCAAAUGAUUCAAAAUGUGACAGUGUAUUCCAAGAGCUGGAGCAAUCUGACAGCUUUUUGGCAAGCAGCCAUCGGAUGGAGGGUGAGAAGGGAUCUUCAACCUUUGACAUGAAGCCUGAACCUCUGAUCAAUACAUCACUACCUGAAAAAGACCUGUAUGAGUCACCUUCAGAUAACUGUGAAAAAGAAUUCCGGCUGAAGAAUAGUAUUCUUAUAGCAAAAGAGGGACAGUGCUUGCAAAACAAUGACUGUUGUGUGGGUACAGGCUUUGCAGAAGAAAAUAUGGAACCAGGGGAAGAGAGCAUGAUAAAGACAGUUGAAAACAGCCAUCUUGCAUCUCCCAAUCUACCUGACUUUCACAGCUGUAAUCCUGGAUGGAGCAGUGCCUUUUAUGGAGCCGACUGUUUCGGUUCUGAAGUUCAUAGUUACGUAAAAAACCUUGGAAAGCAGAAAUCAAGUGAGUCACAAAAUAUAGAUGCUAAGAAAGUGGAACUGGAACAAUUGCUAAUGAUAGAGACAAAAAAUUAUAGGAAAACCAUAAAAUUUUACCAGAAGCUUUUGCAGAAAGAAAGAAGAAACAAAGGUCCUGAAAUCAAAUCUAUGUUGCCCAAGUUGAAAGGACAGCUACAGGAAAUGAAAUCAAAGGUGCAAUUUCUUGAGCUGGUGAAGAAAUAUGUGCAGAUCAUGUAUGCAGAGCAGUGGGGUGUUGAGUCCUGUGUGCUUCCCACGGUCGUUCACAGCAGCAGAGCUGACGCGCUGGAUGUGGCACCCACGGAGGAGCCAUCACUGCUUGUUUACCAUAAUACAGGGAAACACAAUUGCAAUAAUCAAAAUGGAAUAAGAGAUUUGCAGGCUGGGACUCCACUUGGUUUAAUGGCUUAUUUAUACUCUAGAAAUGCAUUUUUAGAAGGUUAUGUGCAGCAGUUUCUCUACACUUUUCGUUAUUUCUGCACACAAGAAGAAUUUUUACAGUUUCUUCUUGAAAGAAUCAGCAGCACUUUAUCCAGCGCAAGCCUGGAACCUUCCACAUCAUUUACCAAAAUAUGUAACCGCAGUUUCUACAUCCUGCAGGCUUGGAUUGAAGACUGCUACAGCAUAGACUUUGCAACAAAUACUGAUCUUUUGUAUACUCUAAAAGAGUUUAUUUCUUCCAAGGUUGCUCCAUUAAAUGGCUAUGGUGAGCGCUUGUUGUCAUUGCUUCAGGAUGCUUCUGCCAGGAAAAAUGAUAGUGCUUAUCAUUGCUCCGGCAUGGACAAAUGUGAAGAGGAAGGCGAGGAGGACAGAAAAUCAUUACAUUCAUUAUGUAAAAAGCUCUCAGAGGAUGUUUCCAGGAAGAACUUUAACUGGAAACUUUCUAAGGGUAUGGGACCAAUCACUCAUCAUCAGAGAGAGCGACUCUACACACUUUCAUCUGUUUUGCCAAAGCCAUGCUAUAACAGUCUCACAGAGGAAUUCCCAGUUUCCUUUGCUAAAGCAGAUGAAGUGGAACCGUAUCUCUUAACAGAAUACAGUGUGCAACAGCUUUGUUGUCAACUCACAUUGCUGCAACAGGAAGUGUUUCAUAAAUGCCAUCCAGUACACUUUCUAAAUUCAAGAGCACUUGGUGUUAAAGACAAAUGUGUUGCUGUCCAAAAAGCUGUUUCAACUGAGGCAGUUAAAGUCUGCAAUUUGUUUCUGUCAAAGUGCGUGCAAGACCAGUACCUUCUGCAGUUAUUAAGAAAUGCAGACAGCAUCAGUACCUGGGUUGCAGCUGAAAUUGUAACAUGUCACACUUCUAAGCUGCAGGUGAACUUGUUAUCAAAAUUUCUUCUUAUAGCAAAAUCCUGCUACGAACAAAGAAAUUUUGCUACUGCGAUGCAAAUCUUAGCAGGCUUGGAAAAUCUUAUUAUUCGACAGUUACCAGCAUGGAAAAUUUUACCUGCAAAGGUAGCUGAAAUAAUGGAAGAACUCAAGGCUGUUGAGGUAUUCUUAAAAAGUGACAGCUUGUGUUUGAUGGAAGGAGAAAGAUUCAAAACACAUCCAACAAUUCCAUCAGCACAUGUUUUGGCUAUGCAUGUCCAACAACUAGAGACAGGAGGGUUCACAAUGACAAAUGGGGCUCACAAGUGGACUAAACUUAGAAAUAUUGCAAAAGUUGUGAGCCAAGUUCAUGCAUUUCAAGAGAAUCCCUAUACAUUUGCACCAGAUUUCAAGCUGCAGUCUUACCUCAGACAAAGAAUAACUCGUUUUAAAGAUGCAGACAUUUCUGCCUUGGCAGCUGACAACUGUGCCAACUUCCAUCAGAUACCAGCAGAAAAACAUUCUCGAAAAAUUCAGGACACGCUGCGCAGAAUGAAGGCAACAUUUCAAUAAUUAUUUGUGUUUUGUCCAUUCUAUGCCAAAUGUAAAAUUGAAUUACAUUAACUACAUCUUGUGGGCCAAUUCUCAAGCAAAUAGUUAAGUGAAAUGAACUUCAGCAUACUGUCUCAAGUUAAAACAGAUAUACUUCUUAACAUGGAACUGUAAAACACCAUCUUAAUGAA